AUGUGGCCUUUGUCGCCUUCGACAGUUUCAACUGAUGUCAACUUGACUAACAAAGUGAAGACGUUAUGGUCAUCAAUUCGAAAAUCAAGUGUGAGAGAUAUAGAUGACGAUGAAAACUUAGUGGAGUCCAAGCGUCAUCGUCGAGAGAAGUCGUGGUACGCGCAUAUGAUACUUAUUCACUUGUCCGAGUUUGGGGCUGAAGCAGCACGUGGUCUGGUUUUACCGACACUAUAUACGUACGUCCAGGAACUUGGUGGCGGGUUAAAGGAUAUUAGUCUACUCAUUGCUCUCUUCAGUCUCGGCAAGUUCUUUUCGUCCUUGUUACUUGGCUGGCUGUGUGACCGCUCGUCGUUUCAAGUGCUUUACAAUAUCGCAGGAAGCUGUGCCGUAUUGGGCAAUUUGAUGUACGUGCUGCCAUACAGUCCUUCAGUGCACAGCAGGAUGUUGCUCGCACUCAGUCGGUUUGUUAUUGGCUUUGGAGCUGGCAAUCGAAGUGUCUGUCGAGCCAAUAUCGCAAUGCUCACGCGUGUCGAUCAAAGAUUGCAGUACUUUACUAUCUUCGCCACGGUUGUUUACCUCGCGUAUGCAUUGACACCAGGCUUUACAGUUUUAGUGGGAGAUACACAGCUCCAAGUUGCAGGUGGUCUGCUGCACUUUAACCGAUUUACCGCCCCAGGUUUCUUGCUUGUAGUGUUCAACUUGUUCACGAUCGGUUUUAACAAUCUCAUCUACGAUGAUUCGAUUUCACGCGAUGACGCUCCAGAAUCUCCAAAGGUUAUUGUAGCUGCUAUGGUUCCAUCACCCCAGAGCACUGAUCCGAGUAUGAAGAAAAUUUCAAUUGCUGUUAAUGAUUCUGACAUCGAUAACAGCAAAGCUGCCGGAAAGAUGACCAUACAAGUUCUCCAAAGAGAGGCUGCGCCACCUAUUUUGUCCGAUGGAGCGGUGACUGUGGGCAUACUCGUGUUUGUUUUCUUAAAUCUUAACGUGCGCGGGAUCCUCUCCAUCUUCGAGACUGUAAAUGUGCCGCUGUUUUUCGAGAUGACGAAUCGAAGUACCAUCAAGGAGCAGGAUUCAGUCGAGGCGACACAGGAAGCAUCUGCCUUCUAUCUCGUCGUUGGACUAUUUGGAUUAAUUUCCUACGGUUCGGUGCAGGCAUUGCACAAGCGAAUCUCCGACAUAGGCUGUCUACUCUUCGGCUUUGCCAUGCUGCUCGUCGGUAACGCAAUUCUGCUGACAUUGUGUACAGACAUGCCUGUGAACAAAGAACAAGGUGAAGAUAUCAUCAAGAACCAUUUGCAGCAGCAAUUUAACGUUUUUGUGGCUGCUGAGGUGUUUGUCUGGAGCGUUGGUUGUCCACUUACAUCUGCUGUCGUCGUGUCGGCAUUCUCAAAGGUGCUUGGGUCACGACCACAAGGUCUACUUAUGGGCAUAUUUGGCGCCUCAGCGUCGGUGGCUCGUAUCGUAUUGCCAUUUUUGCCAAGUCUGCUGGUGUCUUGGCCUUUGCUUUUCCUCGUCAAUUUGGUACUGUGUGCGAUCUGCAUUCUUGUGCUAACGUUGUAUCUUGGCUUUAUCUCUAGCCAAGGUAACCAGGUCAAUGAUCAAUCUCGAGUGACCUACGAAAGCGUCCAGCUUUACUCGGACGGCCAAGAGCCCAUCCGUCUAGCAGCUUGA